CAAAGGCUUACAACGUUGAGCCAAACUCCCUGCUUGGAACAACCAUCUAAUCUCUACCGAUCACAUAUUACCAGUUGCCUAGACUUGCACCCCAGGAUGCCCAUGGCCGUUGAAGCAUGCCCAAUCUCAGCUCGCGGCCGAAGAAAACAAGCAUAACCCGCACCCGCAAUGGAUGCCACAAUUGCCGUCGACGGCGAGUGAAGUGUGAUCAAAGGCGACCGCAUUGCAAUGCUUGCGUUAGACUGGCCCUUGAUUGUGAAGGAUACAAUACUCGACCGAGGUUCCAAUUCCACGCUCAGACGGGCAAGCCUGUCGAACAGACCGUCAGGUUUGCGGAAUGGGGCCCUAUCUAUGUUCCUGGCUCGAGGUCAGGUGGAAGCCCGCCCUCGAAGACGAGAACACCGACGCAUGCCGCCUCGCCAGUACUAUCUUCCGUUUUCUUUACCCCUUAUCCAGAUAUUGUUGUCAACGCUCCAUCAACCCCGGAGACCUUUGAGAAUAGUGCUGAAAUCGAAUGCUUCAGGCUCAAAGGCAUUGCUUCUGUCUUCAAUUGUGCUUCGGCCACCCUUUAUGACAAGGAGCCGUCGUGCGUUGGUGAGAAGUCUUAUCUCUUGGACCUAGCUCAUCCCACCACCUUGUUUCCAACCUCACUCGCAUCGAAUAAUUCGAAAUGCAUGGACGAGAUCUACUGGCAUCAUUGGCGAACGAGAGUUGUCGAGUUCUUGCCCCAAGUAUUCGACCAUAUCACUGCUACGCCACCGCAAUUUAUUCCUCUCAAGAACGUCUUACUAGCUGUCUCCAGCAUACACUUUGCUCGGUCGGUGUCAUCAGCUGUUGGUGAACCCGGAUUACAGCCACGCAGAGAAGCCUUCAUGAAGAACGAACACCGCCUUCGCAGCUUGAACUAUUACAGUACCGCCAUGAGACUUUUGGCGGAUGUGAUGCCUACAGCAUCAGCCGAUCAAGCACAGGAUGUAUUUGCCACUUUACUAUUGUUUCAUUUCGUUGAACUAGACAUUGGGUCCUUCUCCGGAGUCCUCACUCACAUGGAUGGGAUGGACAAAGUGCUUCCUUUCUUUCGAGACCAGCUAACUUCAACGCAACUGGGCAAGAGACUUCUUUCCACGUGGCUGACAUGCCGAUCGCUUGUUGUGAAUCGAAGGAUCUCCCUUGCUUUUGCUGACGCAAGGCACGAGGUACCAUCACUCUGGAGGUUGAGGACAGUGGAUGCCGUGGAAGAUACCCUGACUGCCCUCCACACAACGAGUGAUACAAUCAUCAUGAUUCUCUGCGAGGGAAUAGAGCUCUCACGCAAGAUCAUCCUAGAUUUUGCCGUCUGUCGGGAUAUAGCAUUCGCCCAAGAAGGGAACCGACAUCCAAAUUUCUGCUCAAUGCUGAAACAUGCAGGGCUACCAAUGUCAAGAAGCGGGGUCUCGCAGCCUGAGUUGGCUGCCAUCAGCGAGGCCUACCAGAACUCUUUGUCCGACCAGAGAGGAAGGCUAGAACACUGGUACUCACAGCUCGAUGAUGCCGAGCUCCCCAUCGCCUGUUCCCCUUCUCGCCCACAGCACUCAAGGACGAUCGGUGGCGCUCUUCUUGUCCCGGCCUUGAAACUACGCACGCACAACUCGGCCAUGGAUUAUGCAUAUUACGCGGCUGCCCGGCUGCUCUGCUCGACCGACUUCUGGGAAAGAAUUGUAGAUGAUCAAACUUCAGCAACGACCUCCCUACCCUCGAUUACCGAAUGGGAACUGCUCAUCCUACGUAUAGCAGCAGGUCUUUCCUUCCAAGACUGCGACCCAACGUCGAAGUCUUCCGCAAUCGGGAUUGGCUCCCUCCUCGGUUUUUGUGCUGGUUGGUGUCCUGACCGGGCUGUGGGAAACUGGGUGGAGAGUUACAUCCGGCGUCUUGACAAUUUUGGCAUAGAGAUUGAUGGAACUUUUCCGAAUUCAAUUGUUCUAAGGAAUUUGCAAGAGGUUAUCGCCAUGAAACAACAAAGCCGAGAUUGCUACAUCCUUAGUCUCCUAGAGCCCACGAAUUUGGAUCGAGAUGAGAUUUACAGACCUGGAGCACACUUUGGAGUCGCAAUGUGUGGAAAGGAUUGGAACACAGGUCUUCUGUGGAACUCGGUGUUAGUCCUCUCUCUUUAAAGAGAGACAAAACCUUGGACAAUUCUCUCUAGGUGGGCCUCAGCAGCGUCUUGCUCCACCAGGCAACUUCCUCUGCCUUUUGGCUGAUCAGGGUGUGGGCUUUGAUGAAGCCAUGUCCUUCUCCUUCGUAUAUGACAACCUUGACCAGGUCUUCCGGAACCAUGGAAUUGUCCCUCUCUCUUAUAGCCUCCUUGAUGGCACUUUCCAUCAUCUCCGCCUGGUCAGGCGGCACAACUAUGUCCUCCCUACCUUGCAGGAGCAAUACAGGUGCCUUGAUCUGCUGAGCGUGGUAUAGCGGGCUGCGCUCCUGAUAAAGACGUUCCUUCUCUUCUGCACUCACUGGAGACCGGGGGAGCAGUAGUCCUUCGAGAUAUCGCGAUUCGAACUUGUGAGUUGUCUUUUCCAAUGUCUGCAAACAACAGACCCCAAAUAACGAGAUGCCACCUGCCCAUACUUCAGGAUAUUCCGUCAUGCAUCGUAAAACAGCAUAUCCUCCGGCACUGCCACCUCGAAUGCCGACACGGGACCGGUCAAUAAUAGACCGUGAAGCAAGGUAGUGUACACAGCUAACCACGUCCUCGGCGUCUAUGACUCCCCAAUUACCCUUGAGAAGCUCGCGGUACUCUCGUCCAUAACCGCUCGAGCC